AUGCUUCUUCCUCACCCCAUCCUCCUCAUCCUCCUCUGCUCUGGUGUGAUCUUGGGCGUGUGUUCCCAAUUCUUUGUUCCUCUGCAGGUGAACAUCUUCCAGACACAGGAUCCGAUCACCCCCCAACCUUGGGCAGAGCCCCCAGCUCCAGUGGGGAGCCCGGCCCCCAACCCACCCCGCGACACCUGGGCUGGGCGGCACACCUUCCUGCUCUCCUGCCUGGGCUACUGCGUGGGGCUGGGCAACGUCUGGCGCUUCCCCUACCUGUGCUACCGCAAUGGAGGAGGCGUCUUCCUCAUCCCCUACUUCCUCAUGCUGCUCCUGGUGGGGCUGCCUCUCUUCCUGAUGGAGCUGAGCCUGGGGCAGUACGGGGCCGCGGGGCCCAUCGCCGUCUGGAAGUGCUGCCCCAUCCUGCAAGGUGUUGGUGUGGGCAUGCUGGUUGUGUCCUCCCUGGUGUCCAUCUACUACAAUGUCAUCAUCGCUUGGGCGUUCUACUACCUGGGUUCGUCCUUCCAGAGCCCCCUGCCCUGGUCCUGCGAUGCCCCCCGGAACGCAGAGCUCUGCCAGAAUGCAUCAGGGAGUGCUACUGAUGCCAGUGCCAGUGAGGCUUUCUGGAACGAGCAGGUGCUGGGAGUGACACACAGCUCUGGCCUUGGUGACCCCGGCUCUGUGCAGUGGCUGCUUGCACUGUGUCUGCUGGCAGCCUGGCUUGUGGUCUUCCUCUGCAUGCUAAGGGGCAUCCACAGCUCAGGCAAGGUGGUGUACAUCACGGCCACCUUCCCCUACCUGAUCCUCCUCAUCCUCAUCAUCCGUGGGGCCACGCUGCCCGGCUCCCUCGAUGGCGUCCGCUUCUACCUCUCCUCGGAUUGGAGCAAGCUGCUGAGCGCGCAGGUGUGGAGUGAUGCAGCCUCGCAGAUCUUCUACUCACUGGGCAUCGGCUUUGGGGGGCUGCUGUCCAUGGCCUCCUACAACAAGUUUGACAACAACGUCGUUCGGGACACCCUGGUCAUCGCCGUCGGGAACUGCUGCACCAGUUUCUUUGCUGGCUUUGCCAUCUUCUCGGUGCUGGGACACAUGGCCUUGAAGAGGGACAUCCCUGUGGGCAGCGUCGCUGAGUCUGGCCCUGGGCUGGCGUUCGUGGCGUACCCUGAGGCACUCUCCCUGCUACCUGGUUCCCCAUUCUGGUCCAUCCUCUUCUUCCUGAUGCUCUUCAUGCUGGGAGUGGACACUUUGUUUGGGAACAUCGAGGCCAUCACCACCGCCAUCAUGGAUGAGUUCCCAGCCCUGCGGGAGGGGAGAAGAAAGGUGAUGCUCCUGGCUGUGCUCUGCUUCUCCUUCUUCCUCCUGGGACUCCUCCUCGUCACCCAGGGGGGCAUCUUCUGGUUCACCCUCAUCGACACCUACAGCACCGGCUUCGGGCUGAUCAUCAUCACCCUCCUCAUGUGCAUCGGCAUCGCCUCCUGCUAUGGUGAGCGGAGCUGGGGGGCUCCAAGGAGCAGAGCUGGGGGGUUCCAUGGAGCAGAGCUGGGCUGUGAUGUUCGCUGCACCCUGGGAAGCAGUUUCAGCACUGCCCACCCACAUGUGGGGCUGCUCAGCACCAUCCUGAUGUCAUGGGGGGCACAGGCGCUGUGGGUGCCUGGCACAGAGCCCUGCUGGGGUGGGGGGCUGGCUGUGACCCCGUGUCCCACAGGCAUUGAGCGGUUCUGCCGGGACAUCGUGACCAUGAUCUGCCUCUGCCCGCCGUGGUACAGCCGUGUGCUGGGCUGCUUCAAGGUGUGCUGGGUCUUCUUCACCCCCUGCCUGCUGCUGUUCACACUCAUCUUCACGUUCCUGGACAUGUACAACAUUCCCCUGAGCUACGGCACCUAUGAGUUCCCAGCGUGGGGCACCAGCCUGGGUGUCUGCAUGGGCGUCCUCAGCUGUGUGCAGAUCCCCAUCGGUGCCAUCGUGGCUCUGUGCCACCAGACUGGGACACUGACUGACCGCUUCCAGAAAGCCAUGCAGCCCCUGCACUCCUGGGGGACGGCCGCCGCCAGCGCCGAGGACAUCAUCGAGGUGCCCUUCACCAUCACCCUGAGCAGCAGCGACUUCACCACACCGCCGCACAGCGAGAGCUGAACCGGAGCCGGGCAGCGCCGUGGUGAUGCAUCCCAGAGGUUGGUGAUCACUGAUCCCAGCGUGGAUUUUAAUCCUCUUUCCUGGAAACGUUCUGUGUGCUCCAAAAGGCGCCUCGAAGGGACUCUCUAUGAGCAGGGCUGGUGGUCUGGGCUGCGCUCCAGUCUUUUGCUGGCCCGUGGGUACCACCUCCUCUGAGCACUUUGGGGCUGCCAGUGGGGCUG